AUGCCUUUCAACUACUGUGCCUAUAUUGACCCCUCCGGGGACCAUCGCAUUGGUUAUCUCGACUUCAAUACCGAGCAAAUCCAGCCUCUGUCAUUUGUGUCGGGUACCCGUCUCUCAAGCUUAUACGAAGUCAUUGAAGCUGGCGAAAGUAACAUUGUUGCAUCGCCAGAAAGCACUAUUCCUAUAUCUGAUGCUAAGUUACUUCCUCCCAUCUCCGGCAGGGACGUUCUGGCAGUUGGCAAGAACUAUGUCGAGCACGCCAAAGAGUUCAACUCAUCCGGCUUUGAUGCUUCUGACAAGAACGAUCAGCCAACGCUGCCAGUGAUUUUCACCAAACGUGCAACAUCAAUCGUGGCACAUGGCGAACCCGUCCUACUUCAUCCCGGGUUCACUGAGACGCCAGACUACGAGGGUGAAAUUGGGGUCAUCAUUGGGAAAGCAGGACAUAAGAUCUCGGAGUCCGAGGCGAUGGACUAUGUCUGGGGCUAUACUAUUAUAAAUGACUUUACUGCUCGCGAACGACAGCGAGACCAUAAGCAGUUCUUCAUCGGCAAGUCGCCAGAUACAUACUGUCCCAUUGGACCUAUCGCAGUGCCCAAGGAGCAUCUACCAGCCAACCUUCAGGUACAGACAUUUGUCAACGGGGAGAAGAGACAGGAUGCAACAAUCGAUCAGCUGAUAUUCAGUGUUCCACAUCUCAUUGCAUGCUUGUCGCAGGCCCAAACACUACAACCAGGUGACACAAUAGCUACUGGUACACCUUACGGAGUCGGAUUCGGCUUUCGACCCAUGAAAUUCCUCAAGGCUGGAGAUGAAGUCAAAGUUUCUGUCACCGGUUUGGGUACCCUGACAAAUCGCAUUGCUUCCCCGGAUGCAACCAAUCUCACCGUUGACCGUGUAAAUGCGCAGUCCUCUAUUCCUGUUUCCAACCUGAAAACACGAGGCCACAACGGCCUCGUAAAGAUCGGUAGCAAAGAACUCUUUUAUCAAUUCAAGGGCCAGAAAGAUGGUCCUCAAGUUAUCUUUAUACAUGGACUCGGCGGAUCAUCAACGUAUUUUUCUCCUCUCUACGAAAAGCUUCAAGCUACACAUGGCCUCCAUCUCAUUGACCUUGAAGGACAUGGUUUGUCCCCAACAUCUGCCUUGAGUAAUCUCACUGUAGAGUCGCUCGCCUCAGAUAUUCGAGAGGUGUACAAACAUGCUUGCCCGGAAUCCAAACCAACCGCGGUCAUUGCUCACUCAAUGGGUUGUUUGGUAGCCUUGAAGUUUGCGCUGGAAAAUACGAGCUUGGUCUCAUCCCUGGUUCUCAUGGGACCCCCUCCAUCUCCGCUGCCUCAGGCUGACAGUACCGGAAGCUUUGCGCUAGCAGAAACCGUCCGCAGUAAAGGUAUGCUGGCAGUGGUCGAUGUCAUAGUCAACGCAGGCCUUUCUUCCAAAACAAAGGCAAGCAAUCCCAUCGCAGUGACUGCAGCACGUCUGUCACUACUCGGUCAAGAUCCGGAGGGAUAUGCCAAGGCUUUCAUGGCAUUGGCGAGAUCUGCCGGAGAGACUGUAGAUGUAGCUCAAUUACCUGCAACAUGCAGGACCCUGAUUCUCACUGGCACGGAAGAUGCUGUUAGCCCUCCAGCAAUAUGUUCUGCCUAUGGACAGAAAAUAAAAUCAUCUGAAGUUAAGAUUCUAAAUGAUGUUGCGCACUGGCAUUUGUUUGAGGAUGCCAAGGGUGUCUCAGAUGCCGUCUAUUCGUUCUUGGGUGUGGCUUAA